CAUGCACGCGCCGGCUAUAAAUACGACCGCGCACAACCUACGGACAGACAAAAUCCAACCUGACGCGCAACAGGACGCGGGCGUACUUUUGAUUAUUGAUUUUUUUGCGUUGAUUUAUAGGCUUUUAUACUGUUUAAUGAUGCGUUUCGGUGGAUUAUGCGUGACACACGUCGUGGUGGCCACGGUGUGCUCCGUGCUGGCCGCGGGGACGCUGGGGUCCCCGGUGGUGGUGCCGGCGGAGCCCAUCCGAUGCGCCCCGUGUACGCCGGAGAGGCUGAGCCAGUGUCCGCCGGUCGAUCCCGGGUGCGCGGAGGUGUUGCGAGAGCCGGGCUGCGGAUGCUGCCUCGCCUGCGCCUUGAAAGCGGAGGAACUGUGCGGGAUUUACACGGCGCCGUGCGGCUCCGGGCUGAGGUGCACGCCGAGAGCGGGCGACCCCCGGCCGCUGCACUCCCUCACCCGGGGACAAGCCGUGUGCGCGGGGAGCGCGGAGCCGAAGCCGACCCCGGAGCUCCAGACACAAGAUCAGGGAGAAGAUGAGGUGGAUAUGGAGAACAUGGCCGUGGUUUCGGACCCCGGCUUCAGCUUCUACGUGCCCGGCCACAGUAAACCUUACGACGCCCAGGAGAGCAUGAAAGCCAAACUGGUCGCCAUCCGCAAGAAAUUGGUCGAACAGGGGCCUUGUCAUAUCGAGCUACAAAGAGCCUUGGAGAAGAUUGCCAAAUCCCAACAGAAACUGGGAGACAAACUGACCAGAUUCUACCUCCCCAACUGUGACAAACACGGCCUUUACAAACCCAAGCAGUGUGAAUCUUCUCUGGACAGCCAAAGCGGUCGAUGCUGGUGCGUGAACUCUUGGAACGGCAAGAAGGUUUUAGGUUCCACCGAUCUGGCCGUGGACGCGGAGUGUUCUUAAAAGAGAGCUACUGAUUUUCCAUUUUGAUAGCUGUAUUAUUUAUUGACCUCUUCCUCGGGGGUGUUUUUAAUGAGGUACACUGUCAUUAUGGGACUGUGGCCCCCCCCCCUUUUUCCUCUCAAAACACCCGUCCCAAAGAAAAGAGGAGAGGACAUCUAUAUUUCUUUUUCUAAAUGGAUAUAUUUUUUUUUUAAUAUUAAUGCAUUUACAUUUCAGUCUAUUUAUUUCAACUGGGUCGGAUUUUAUUUGUUAUUAGUAAUUAUUUCAUAUUUAUAACAUGUUUUUGCCUUGUUAUUAUUUUUGUAUGGGUGUAUAAAGUGUAUAUAUGUGUCUUGGCCCUGACCAACUCCCGUUGUUGAGUUGAGCUCGCUGUACCAUUUAAGUGGUCUGGAGGUUUGGUUUGUGACAAACCAAGCAAGAACAAAAGCACUGAGUGUCCAUUUUUGUAUUUUUUUUUUAAUUUUUUUUUUUUACAUUGUUGCCAUUUGAAUGUCUUUUACGUUCUGAGGUGAAGCAUCGUCAGUUCUUUCCUCUCAAACCAGGGGUGUCCAAACUUGCUUUUAGUGAAAAAUUCCUUCUCAAUGUUGUUAGACGUUCCACUAAUUUGCAAAGAUGUCCUACAGAUGACCAGCACUGGAUUGGUUUUAGCAUCAAUCAAUCAAUCAAUGUUUAUUUAUAUAGCCCCAAAUCACAAAUGUCUCAAAGGACUGCACAAACCAUUACGACUACAACAUCCUCGGAAGAACCCACAAAAGGGCAAGGAAAACUCACACCCAGUGGGCAGGGAGAAUUCACAUCCAGUGGGACGCCAGUGACAAUGCUGACUAUGAGAAACCUUGGAGAGGACCUCAGAUGUGGGCAACCCCCCCCCUCUAGGGGACCGAAAGCAAUGGAUGUCGAGCGGGUCCAACAUGAUGCUGCGAAAGUUCAAUCCAUAGUGGCUCCAACACAGCCGCGAGAGUUCAGUCCAAAGCGGAUCCAAGACAGCAGCGAGAGUCCCGUCCACAGGAGACCAUCUCAAGCGGAGGCGGAUCAGCGGUGUAGAGAUGUCCCCAAUCGAUACAGGCGAGCGGUCCAUCCUGGGUCUCGACUCUGGACAGCCAGUACUUCAUCCAUGGUCAUCGGACCGGACCCCCUCCACAAGGGAGGGGGGGACAUAUGAGAAAGAAAAGAAGCGGCAGAUCAACUGGUCUAAAAAGGAGGUCUAUUUAAAGGCUAGAGUAUACAGAUGAGUUUUAAGGUGAGACUUAAAUGCUUCUACUGAGCAUCUUUAAUGUAAAAUAUGUAUGCUUCGCGGCCCCCUGGCGGAAGUUUGGACACCCCUGCCUUACACGCUCUCAGAAAACCGCAGAUCGUAUGACAAGUCAAACAGGUUUUUCUACAUUUACCUACCUCCAAUAUUUAUGUGUCUGUAUACAAUACGUGCUAUUUGACUUUUUUUUUUUUUUUUUUUACGUCGCUGUUCUCUCUGAUUAAGACCACCAAGAAGGAGUCCCGCAGUUGAACCGUGGCGUUCAGAAGCGGUGCCUCUUUUCUGAUCUACAUGCUGCUGUUGAAGAGUAUUGAUUAUGUCUAUUCCAAAGUGACAAAAAAACUGCUCACUCACUUUUGUAAUGGAGAUCUAAUGUAAAAAAUAAAGGUGAUAUAUUUA